UUAAUUAAAGUUUGACCUUUCUUUGUUGUAUGACAUCAGCUAAUUAUAAAUAGACCUGGUGGUGGCGGAGAUAUUCACAACUUCAAUUUUGUUUGGCCUUUAUACAUAGUCCUAGGAUAGAAGAACAAUGGCAACAGUAGGAAGAAUGAAGUUAGGAUCACAAGGCAUGGAAGUAUCCUUACAAGGACUUGGUUGCAUGAGCAUGUCUGCUUUCUAUGGCCCUCCUAAACCUCAAACUGACAUGAUUGCUCUCAUCCACCAUGCCAUACAAUCUGGUGUCACUUUUCUUGAUACCUCUGACAUAUAUGGCCCUCACACCAACGAACUCCUUCUUGGAAAGGCUUUGAAAGGAGGAGUUAGAGAGAAGGUUGAAUUGGCUACAAAGUUUGGAGCCAAAUAUACUGAAGGGAAAUUUGAGAUUUGUGGUGAUCCAGCUUAUGUGAGAGAAGCUUGUGAAGCUAGCUUGAAGAGACUUGAUAUUGAUUGCAUCGAUCUCUAUUAUCAACAUCGUAUUGAUACUCGUCUUCCAAUUGAAAUCACGAUUGGGGAGCUUAAGAAACUCGUUGAAGAGGGAAAAAUAAAAUACAUUGGUUUGUCUGAAGCCUCAGCUUCAACAAUCAGAAGAGCACAUGCAGUUCAUCCAAUAACAGCUGUGCAAUUGGAGUGGUCGCUAUGGUCAAGAGAUGUGGAAGAAGAAAUAAUUCCAACUUGCAGGGAACUUGGUAUUGGAAUUGUUGCAUAUAGUCCUCUUGGGAGAGGAUUCUUUUCAUCAGGAACAAAGAUUGUUGAGAACUUUACAAAGGAUGAUUACCGCCAGUAUAUGCCGAGAUUUCAACCUGAAAACCUGCAGCAAAAUCAGACUAUAUUUGAGAGGGUUAAUGAACUGGCUGCUAAGAAGGGAUGUACUCCAUCUCAGCUUGCAUUGGCAUGGCUUCAUCACCAAGGAAACGACGUGUGCCCGAUACCUGGAACCACCAAAAUAGAGAACUUUAAUCAAAACAUUGGUGCUUUAUCUGUUAAACUAACACAAGAAGAAAUGGCAGAAAUUGAAUCCUUGGCAGAUCUUGUUGAGGGUGACAGAACCGGAAAGGAACCUACAUGGAAGGAAUCUGACACUCCACCACUUUCGUCUUGGAAAACUGCGUAAUUAAGUGGUUUGAAUGCUUAAUGCUCAUAUCAACAUAGUUUUAAAUUGCGAUUGUGGUUAGACUGCGUACUUUUAUAUUGUUGUAAAAUAGUGACAAAUGUGGCUGCAAUUGCGGACCACACUUUAGAACCAUGCAUUAUGCCAUAUGUAUUUGCUACUACCUUAAGAAAUAAAUUGGCGUGAGAAAAAUGAUUUUUGCUGUGUAAA